AAGCAAAUUGACAACUUCAAUUUUUUCGUGAAGUCUUAUUUACAUUUUGUUUUGAUUGCUUUGUUUUGGUUUCGAGUGAUUGUCACAUUGGUCGGUGUAUUUUUAUUUGUCGUCGAAUCGUGUGACUGCUUAUCAAAUUUUCAAUCAACAUUUUCCACUCUUGCGUUUUUAAAUGCUUUAUCGCUCAAUUGUGCAGAGGAUUUUGGAAAAUUAUGUGAAAGACUCUCAUUUAAAUCAACUAAAUUUAAUUAAAAGAUUUUUCGGUAGCAAUAUGUCCGACGAAAUCAAUGUGUUCAAUGGCACGGUUGACCGAUACAAUGGCAUCACAAUUGAGACGGAAAACGAAGCAGUGGGUGAACAGUUCGCCGAGAAGCUAAAAACUUCCCUCGCACACUGGCAGCAGAAGUCAAUGCGAACUAUUUGGUUCAAGGUGAAAACCAGUCAUGCACAAAUUGUUCCAACACUUGUUGAGAAUGGUUUCGACUUUCACCAUGCCAAUGCGGGAUUCGUUAUGAUGUACAAAUGGUUGCCGGUUGAUUUAUCAGCAAAUAUUCCCAUUUAUGCGCACACAAUGAUUGGCGUUGGAGGUUUGGUUGUGAAUGAUCAGCAACAGAUUCUUACAAUCAAGGAGAAUACAUCCAUUGUGCCGGGCGCUUGGAAACUUCCCGGUGGUUAUGUUGAACCAAAUGAACAUUUAAUGGAUGCAGUUAUACGUGAGGUGUUCGAAGAGACAGGAAUCCAAACAAAGUUCGAUAGUUUAGUGUGCAUUCGACACGCUUUGGGUGGUGCAAAUAGAAUCAAUUUUGGAUUCGGAUGCUCCGACCUAUACUUUGUAAUCGCUCUGAAACCAGAAACGCAAGACAUCACCAAAUGUGAACGUGAAAUUGCGCGCUGCGAAUGGAUGGAUUUCGAUAAAUACUUGGCACAUCCGAAGGUGCAUGAGAUGAAUCGAGUGUUCCUACAAACAUUCAUAUCAAAUGAGGCGCGAGGUAUUAAGCUCAGCUGCAAAGAAUAUAUCCAUGAAUUGCUCAAACGUCACUAUCAAAUCUAUUCCAUUGACAAUAGUGCAAAUGUUCCACUGUAAAACCAGUAACCAGUUCAAAUAUCCUAUGAAUAAUUUUCUCUUCAUUCUCUUUUAUAUGAAUUUUUGUAUAUUAUAGAAUUUUGUUUUGAGAUUUUAUUGCGGAAAUAAAUAUAUUUUGAUUUGAA